AGAACAACACUGAUUUUUAAAAAAUGGCCCCGAAACGUCACUUUCUAAUCAAUUUGUAGUUUGUCAACUAAACUAUGUAAGAACCAGUAUAAUUUCAAACAAUUAGCCUAACAAUUUGAGGAACAACUAUAUUCCUGAGCACCUACCAAAACCAAUAUCUGCCAGUGCCAAAGGCCCGCGCAAUGGACAACUCAGAUUCUAGUCAAGACUAUCUAAAUUCUAGUCAGAACUCUACGCUGCCGCUGCAAAGCGAUAUAGUGAACGAAAACCGCGAUCGUCUAAGCAACACAGUUUUUUUCAUGAACCUGUCGAACAGCCAGAACGCCACGAACUCGCAUCCUCUGAUGUCACCCACCAGCCCCGUUUCUCCCGACUAUCCGGAUCUCAUUCCGGAAAAACCGAAGGCCAAGUCAACGCACGACAGACAGAAUUUCAACCCUAAGGCACACAGCACCCCCACACCUGUGUCACUUGAGGAUGAGGAUGAUUCGUUUGUCAGGAAACUGAAUGAACCUCUAUCUGAAUAUGAUGAUACUCUGUCAGGUGGGCAGAAAAGAAAAAUUUUAGUCGAGCAUUCAUUAUUUGAUUCAGAGUGUGAAUGGCCUCAAAUAGAUUUUGACUGUGCCAUUGAUAUUAAAGAGUUUGAAGAGAAAAAUACCAUUAAUGAUUUUCCGGAUAGCCCGACUGCUUUAAAGCGUCAAGCUAUCUUCGACUUUCCGGUAGAAACAACACACGAAGGCAGUGACAACGAGAACGACAAGUCGGUAUAUGAGGCCCAUUUGAGUUCCAAUCUACAGAACGUGGCGCUCACCAUGAACGAGAAAGAAGGAAACUUGAAUUUUUUGGCCCACAAAAAGCGAAGCAACAAGCUUCGUCGAAUAUCGGUGAUGUCGACGAAUCGUAGUCAGGACAGCGAUGAAUCGUCGCUCGCCAGCAAUUCGGACAGCGUCAAGUCGGAAGAGAUAUUCGCCGGAGAAGGAGAUAAUUCGGAUGAGAAAGUAGAAACUGACGACAACAACAGCUCGGAGCCGAUAGAACCUCUGUCGGCUGCUGAGGAGCGGAAACACGCUCGUCAUUGGCAACGCACAGUACUGCCCUCGGGGGAGCAGCGCACCAUCGAUAUGCGCGUCAUUGAGCCCUAUAAGAGGGUGCUGUCACAUGGUGGAUAUCUGCGCGCCGGCGGCCACACGGCCAUCGUGCUUUUCUCCGCUUGCUACUUGCCUGAUAAGUCUCGUGUCGAUUACGACUACGUCAUGGACAACCUGUUCUUAUAUGUAUUGUGGACUUUGGAGCGUCUUGUAACUGAAGAUUACGUAUUGGUUUACCUGCACGGUGGUGCCACCAAGUUACCGUCGUUCAGCUGGCUGAAGAAAUGCUACCAGUUGGUUGGCAGGAAACUGCGCAAAAAUUUGAGUCACUUGUACCUUGUCCAUCCGAGUUUGUGGAUCAAAACAAUGCUUUUCAUGGCCAAACCCUUCAUCAGUUCGAAAUUCUACAGAAAGAUAGUGUUCAUGGGAACGUUGAGGGAACUGAUGGUCAGGGUGCCCCUGGAGGCGGCCGCCAUACCCGAAAAAGUAAAACUGUACGAUAGUCUGCACCGCGCGUCAUAGUUUUACUCGAAUUCAGUUGGUUACACCCUGUGCGACGUCCACCGUUACGAAAAGUACAACUUUUUAUACUCGAUGUAAACGAAUGUUCGUUUGUUUUUCUAGUCGUUCGGAUGAAUCUUGUUUUGUACCUGUCUGUAGUACCGAUGCUCUCUAUUGGAUUGGCACAGUGUGUGAUCGUACACCCGAAAACCAUAGACAUAACAUUCCUAAAGCUUUACAUUGUACUUACGUGAAUUAGUAUUUGUUGUGGGACUCGCUGUAAUUGAAAACACUUUUUUUACGAUUGGAGUCUCGGAUAAAAGAAAAAAACAUGUCAAGAUCUGAUGUAUACACUAUAUCAUGAUACAUUAGUGUUUUUGUUUUUCAAUAUACAUCGAAACCUUUGUGUAUUAUUUUCAAUACAAUAUUUAUAUACAUAUAUUAUUUAUUUAUAUUUGUACAUUCCAUUUUAAUUUUGUUUUUGUUAUUUUAUGAAGAAAAUCUAUUUGCCUGUGAACUGUAUAAUAUAGCAAUAUUUUUUGACUAAAUAAAACAUUACAGCAAA